CGCCCCUCUCAAAUUCAAGAUUUGGAUAUUCGAGUUGGAUUCGUUGCUUGUAUUAGAGGAAAUGAAAUUAAAGCAUAACCCUGAUUUAACAUUUUAACGAACUGUGUUCGAUCACCUACCACCCUGUAACCAUUCAUGAGUAUCUCACCAUUAAAAAAGACAAGAGCAACACCGACACAGACAACAGAGAGGAGCGAAGGGAGGGGCGGUCAUCGGAUUAGUUCUUCCUUUUGCAGUUCAUCAAGGUAAAUUUCUCCUGCAAUUUGUUUAUCCCCCAGUUUGUUUAUCAAUCGAAGGAAUCAUAAGUGUGCUUUUAACAAUAUUCAGGAGCAAGAGGAAUAUACGAUUUAAUGGCAUCUGAGAGAGAAGAUUUCAACCUCUCAGGACCCUUACACCUAAAUGUUGUUGAUUGGACAAAUGCACAUCAUCGAAGGUCUGUAGCUGCCAGUUUGGUUCAGGGUGUCUACAUUCUGGAGCGAGAUCGCCAGCUGAAACGUGAAGGGCCAGAAGCUCUUGCAAAUCCUUGGUGGGAGUUCUUUCAUUUUCAGUUGUUCCGUAAACUUGUAGAUGAUGUUGAUUCCUCCAUUUUUGGUGCCAUUUAUGAAUUUAAACCAUCAACAUCUUAUUCUACCCAUUUACUAGAUGAAAGUCCACGAUAUGUAAUUGCAUUCCGAGGCACUGUAACAAAGCCAGAUUCCUUGUCACGGGACAUUGAGUUGGACCUUCACAUCAUCCGAAAUGGACUCCAUGAAACAUCUCGAUUUGAAAUUGGUAUCCAAGCAGUUAGAAAUGUGGUUGCUACUGUAGGCGAAUCAAAUGUCUGGUUAGCAGGACAUUCCUUGGGGGCAGCAAUGGCAUUACUUGCUGGAAAGACCAUGGCUCAGACAGGCAUUAUUAUUCAAGCUUUUCUCUUUAAUUCACCAUUCUUCUCUGCCCCAAUUGAGAGGAUAAAAGAUAAGCGAGUGAAACACGGGUUGCGGAUUGCAGGCAGUGUGAUAACAGCUGGACUUGCCUUUGCUGCAGCUGCAAAGAAGAAUCAUCAAAAUAGCCGCUCUGUAGAUCCAUUUGCUGCUUUGUCUGCAUGGAUACCAUCUCUAUUUGUCAAUCCAGCCGAUCAUAUCUGCUCUGAGUAUAUAGGUUAUUUUGAACACAGAAAGAAGAUGGAUGACAUUGGCAUUGGAGCUAUUGAGAGGCUAGCAACGAAGAACUCGAUUGCUGGUCUUAUUAUGAGUGCAAUGGGCAAGGAAUCAGAGCCACUCCACCUCAUUCCUUCAGCAAAUCUGACGGUCAAUUUGAUUCCAUCUCAAGAUUUCAAGGAAGCCCACGGAAUUCACCAGUGGUGGAGACCUGAUCUGGAAGUCCAGUCCAACCUUUACAAGUAUUAAUAGUUCAAUUAUCACCAUCAUUGCUAGUCACUUCAACAUGCACUACCUCUCCUGCCAUGCUGCUCAUAUCAGAUUUCCAAGGAUUUAAGGCGGAAGGUACUUUGUUGGGUUUUCAAUUUUGUGAUCUCUCAGUCCUCAUAAGGUAACAAAACUACAAAAGCAAUUACCGUAGCAAAAGAGAGCCUUAGAUUGAAUUGCUGAUUGUUGUUGAUGAUUACUUUGCUGGGUUUUUUUUUUUUUUUGGACAUUGACUAUUCAUUUGUGAAUUAUAGACAAAUCAAUUAAUUGUGAUUAUUGAGUGAUUUAUUUCUGAAAAUUUUCAAGAGAUGAAUAAUUAACAUGAAUUUCUUCUAUCUGUUCAUGAGUUUUGUUUGUUAGGGAGAGAAAGCAGCAAAAUCGAUGAAUCAAACUCAAUUGAAAAUUUUUUUAUUCAAUUUGAUUUUCUUUAUAUUUUGAUUUGAUUUAAUUUUUAUAAUAUAAAAUUUUAAUUUUUUGUUAGAUUAAUUUGAUUUAUUUCAAAAUUAAAUAGAUGGAUUGCACACCCCUCAACAAUAGUUGAGUGAUUUGUGGAUUGUGUGUUAUUCGUAGAUAUGUUAUGUUACAGCGUGUAAGCAAGUUGUGGUUACUUUAUUCGUAUGUGGUGUUUCCUCCAUCUUUAUAGCUUUGCUAGCUAUCCUCUAACAGUAGAGCUACUAGGUCUAGAGGCCCAUAACCUAUCCAAGCCAUAUGAACGAUCCUUGGAAGUUGCCAAUCCCUCCGAAACUUCCGAAACUGUUUAAAGAAUGUUUGCGUACCAAGCAAAAGAUCCAGAACUGUAUCCCUCGCUUUCUGGAUUUUGUGGAGAAGUGGAAAAAAUUAGCCAUCUGUUUUUUAAAUGCCCAAAAGCUAUAGAAAUAUGGAUCCACCCUCUACUCAGACUCGGAUUAUCACUUCUGCAAGGCACUUCAUUUCUAGACUGCUGGGAGGAAAUAAAAAGAGGGGUGAAUGAAAGUGAAGAAGGGAUUGAAAUGAUACAAUCAGUAGCGUUCAUUCUUCGGUAGCUUUGGAAGAACUGAAAUUUAGUCUCUUUUCAGAAUUAAAGUUUAUCUUUUUCAGCAAGUGUUAGCAGCUGCAGCCCACCAUCAAGAAGUCUUUUUGUUAGAACAGGAAGACUUUUUGUCAGUCCAAGAAGAAAGACCACAAUAUCAGAUUGCAAUAGCAGCACUUGUCUCCUCCUCCUAUAGGUAGGAUCAAGCACAACUUCGACGCAGCAGUUAAGAGUCAGAGUAAGACAUGUACAACCAGUGUGAUUGCCAGAGACCACCUAGGAAAUUUAAGGGGAUGGCACAACACUUCAUUUCCAAGAAUCUUCAACCACCUAGUGGCGGAAAGUCUUGUUGCAGGAAUGCAAUUCAGUUGGCAGUUUCGUAUAAUUUCAAGAACGUUAUCAUUGAAGUGAUUCCCAAAUUAUUAUCAACAGCUAUCUCUAGACCUCUUGUCCUCAGGAAAUUCUAGAAAUUAUAUUGAGCAUUAAAUCGACUUUGGAGGAAGUUAAUUUUGUUUUUAUUCCUGGGAUUUGUAAUGGGUGGCUGCCAGAAAAGCCCAUUUAGACAAAUCUUUUCUUUGUAAACCUACCUCUAACCUCAUUUUGUGAUGUCCCUUUUGCCUUCUUAGGCUUUCAAUGAAUUGGCCAUCUUUUCUUUUA